UAAAAAUAUACAAAAACUUCAUAUUUCAGUUUAUGCAUUACUAAGAAUAUUUUAAUUUAUUUCGAUUCCUGUAGGCUUACACUAUUGCUCAUCGUAAAUAGAACUAUCUAUUUUAAGUAUUUUGUAAAUUUGUGUAAAAAUGGUUGAUGACCAGUUUCCAGACUAUCUCAAUGUUUACUACAAAAAAUUAUUUCCGUACUCACAAUUUCACAAAUGGCUGUCCUAUGGCAACAUAAAACCAGAAAACUUUAUAAAUAGAGAAUUUUCGUUCACUCUACAUGAAGAUAUUUAUAUAAGAUAUCAAUCUUUUAAUACAUUACAAGAAUUUGAAAAAGAAGUUCAAACUAGAUGCCCUUUUAAAAUAGAUAUUGGAGCUGUUUUCAAUAUGAGUCCUAAAAUCUGUCGAAAUUAUCCUCAGUUUCAUCCUAGGGAAAAAGAAUUAGUGAUUGAUAUUGAUAUGACUGACUAUGAUUCAAUCCGUACAUGUUGUUCAGGUGCUGAAGUAUGCCAAAAAUGUUGGAGAUUUAUGGUUAUUGCUGUAAAAAUUUUGGAACGAGCGCUUCGGGAUGAUUUUGGUUGGCAACAUUUAUUGUGGGUAUUCUCUGGUCGUCGAGGUAUCCAUUGUUGGAUAUGUGAUGAAUCUGCUAGAAAACUUUCUCCUUCUGAACGUGGAACAGUUAUUGAUUAUUUAGCUGUAUUAACUGCUGGAGAUUCAAAAAGAUGUAAUGUGAACCAUCCAUUGUUAAAGCGUAGUAUUUCUAUCAUAAAAGAUGAGUUCAAACAACUGAUUUCAGAACAAGAUUUUUUGGGAACAACAGAACGAUGUAAUAAAGUUUUAUCUUUUAUAGCUGAUGAAAAACUAAAGGAACAAAUUAAUUUACAAUUUAUUAAGUACCAAAGCAGCAUUCAGCGUUGGGAAGCACUUACAUUAGUUAUUGAUAAUCAUUUUAAAAGAGGGCUGUUAAAUUUUAAGACUAAGUAUUGUCUGGAAGAUAUAUUGCUAUACUUAGCAUAUCCAAGGUUAGAUGUAAAUGUAACAAAAGGAUUAAAUCACUUGUUAAAAUCUCCAUUCUGUGUUCACCCAAAAACUGGAAAAGUUUGUGUACCAAUCAAUCCAAAAAUUAUUGACAAAUUUAAUCCAAACACUGUACCUACCAUCAAUGUUUUAAUAGAUGAAGUUAAUGAAUAUGAGAAAAAACAAAAAGAAAUUAUCAAUGAUGCAAAUGUGAAUACAAAUCGCUUAAAAGAUUAUAAAAAAACUUCAUUACUGAAAAGUGUAAAUAUUUUUGAAGAAUUUUUAAGAAAUUUAGAAUAUACUUGGAAAGGAAACAGAAUUAAAAAUAGUGAUAUACAAAUGGAAUUUUAAAAUAUUGACACCUUU